GUCACCAACCACGACGUUCUCGACUUAUGCGAAGCUCCAUCUUUCCUCUCGCGUACUUUACCUAGCCUUUUAUGUAGACUGUAUAACAGUAUAAUAUUUAACCUGCUGGUCGUCCUCACAGCAGUUCAUCGCCGAGAAAUCUUCUGAAGCACAGUUGUAUCCGCAUCCGAUCACAUCUGCUUGCAAGAAAUGAAUUUCAUCCAGCAGGCCGCAGCCCUCCUGUGGAAAAACAUUUAUAUCCAGAUGCUGCGUCGCCACUACCUGUCUACAAUACUGGAAAUCAUCUUUAUGACCCUCUACCUCGCCUAUUUCCAGCAAGAAGUACCUCCCACAAGAUGGUUGCAUCGCGGGAAGAUAUCAGUGCCCAAUGCCAAACCAACGCAGUGGACUGUGGUGAACUUCGUCGACAACAUCGUCUAUGGCCCAGUUGAUCCGCACAAGCAGUUUUUGGUGGAUGAGGGACUGGUACCGUACACAUAUGAAGGAAACGUCACGCAAAUGACAUCCACGACAGGGAGCCACUCGCAUCGCUUUCCUGCCAGUAAGAUACAUGUGUAUGGAACGCACGAAGCUGUCGAGAGGUCUUGCAACCCUGCAAACAGCAGUCUCUGCUUUUUUGUGACCGGUCAUGGGCCUUCGCUCAAUCUGACGAGCUACACUUUAGUAUCUGGUGAAGCUCCUCCAAGGAAACUGGAACUGGAUCUGAAGACUCCAAUGAACACAAACAAAGGCUCCAGAUUUCCUGGUACCGAAGCCCGCGCUCUCGCUUUCAAUAUUCCCAAUGCCCAUUUGAACUGGGUUCAUCGAGGAAAAACAGAAAGUCUACUUCCGGUGUACACGCGAGCUUUUCCACCACUGAAGCUUCCGAAAGACGUGCAGUGCUACCGACAAGGUUUCGCAAUCGCAUUGGCCGUCGGAUUCUCUCUUCCUUUCUGUCUGCGGAUAAGUAACAUCGUCGCUGAAAACUCCUCGGGAACUAAAGGCUGGUUGGAGAGCAUGGGUAUCCACGUGUUCUGGAUCAGCUACGGCGUAUCUUCCUUCCUGAUCUUCUUCACCGGCGGCAUCAUGGCCUCUAUAUGGUUGCACAGCUGGCCCCACCACAUAUCCCUUCAGAAUAUGUUCAACCACACCGGCAGUCUAGCUUCUCGUUAUUAUCACAUACUACCAAACGUAUCAUGGUCCCUCCUGAUCACAACGUUCUUCAUGUUUAGUUGCCUGACAACAAUGCACGCGCUCGCUGUUGCGAGUUGGACCAAAUGGCCAAGCGUUGCAGCGGCCUGUGGCGCCGCCUACUGGCUGUUCGUGAUCAAUGGCAUACCAUAUCAUUUCUUCCGCCCAAGAACGGAGUCUCUGCAUGUGUAUUUUAGCACGUCGAGUCUGUUCAAGCUCUCCUUCUGCGUCUUUCCGUGUCUGGCCGCGGACAUGAUGCUCAGGAUUAUAGCCAUUGCGCUAGACUUUCAAGGAUCAGCCGACUGGUCCAUUGUCAACCGGCCAGCCCUUCAGCUGGACAACAUCACCAUUUUGCAGAUCUGGGGUGUGAUGGGAGGCACAAUGGUCUUCCUCUCCCUAUGGGUCUGGUACUUCAGUAGAGUUCUUUAUUGGGUCACCGAUGUUCCCUUGCCGUUCCACUUUCCCUUAAUGAUCGAAUACUGGUUUCCGAAGUGCAUGCCACGGCCGCAACCCUCUAGUGAAGAGGGAUUUAGAAGAGCGUCAGACACCAUGACGACAAUUAUUGAAAUUAGAGAACUCUGCAAGAUAUACGGUAAGAACCCAGCCUUGGAAGACCUCAACUUGGAUGUCUACUACAAAGAAAUAACUGUGAUACUUGGCCACAGCGGGUCCGGAAAGUCGACACUCUUCAACAUUGUGUCUGGCGUGGUGCCUCCAACGACCGGUACCGCCACGGUCUGCGGUUUGGAUGUGGUUCAAGAUUCGGUGGCCGUUCGAAAAUGUGUCAGCGUAUGUCCACAGGGUGACAUAUUGUACAACGACCUCACAGUCCGGCAGCACAUGUACUUUUUUGGCCUGAUACGAGGUAUGUCCUCGGAUACGCUCGGACACGAGAUCAAGGAUAUGCUGGAGCUUAUGGGUUUGACUGACGUGCAGAACAAGCUACCCGAGAUGCUCUCUGGUGGAAUGAAGAGGAGGCUCAGCAUCGCUAUGGCCACCCUCUACCCAUGCCAGGUUCUAAUCCUGGACGAACCGACUUCGUUUCUCGACCCGGCUGCCAGGUCGGAGCUGUGGACAAUGUUGCUGACACUACGGCGCAGGCGUAGCAUACUCCUCUCAACGCAUAGUAUGGAAGAGGCAGACACAUUGGCUGAUCACAUGGCUAUAUUGGUCAAAGGCAAGAUGGCAUGCUGGGGAACGCCUUCAUUCCUAGGAGCCAUUUUCUCUGGCGGAUACGAGGUUCAUAUCGAGAUAGAAGACUCAAAAGCCCAGGUACAAGAGAUAAUGGAAGUUGUUGAGGGCACCUGCCCGGACGCUACGGUCAACAAAGAGACUACGACGGAGCUGAGGAUUGCGCUGGGCACCUCGGACUCUGAAGGCUUCGAGGAAAUGUUCAAGUCCCUGGAGCAACGUGCCUUAAAGUUCGGAAUAAAGAAAAUGCUCAUCAGCAUGAUCUCCAUCGAACAAGUUUUUGUGAACGUCAACCUUCGCGAGACCAGUGUGGAUACCAUCGGCGACAUUAGAGUCACCGAAGAAAUUAAAGGGACCCUGAUGAAUAGAUGCCAGCAGCCGAGGACUUUCCAAUGCGUCCGAGCGCUGAUUAUCAAGCGUGCCACCAACCACUGGAGAGGUUGUAUACCUCUCUUGCUUGGAGCCUUGCUUCCAGUGGCUGUGCUUAUGGCCGUGAUGCACAAUCAGUCACAGCUGCUGGAUGCGAUACUCCUGGAUACGGAAGAGCUGUCCCUCAAAUCGGACGAACCCGGCGCAAUCACACUCACGUCUACUAUGGGGGACUACUACUCAGGCGAAAGAGUUUUUCUGCAUCACGAUGCCAACAGUACUAACAUGGCCAAUGAAUACUGCCUACCUGUUCUUUCACGCAAUUCGGCUCACGUAGACAUCCUCGACGAUCCGUCCCUGCAGCUUCUCGAGCUAUCGAACGGCAAUUUGAGAGAAAAUGCCUACAAAUACGCACUUGGUAUCAGCAUCAUGAAAGACAAAAUCGAAGCCUGGUGGAACCCUUACUUCCCCUACAGCGAACUCAUCUCAGCAUACAUUGCUUUUACUGCCCUGCUUCGAGCCACAACAAACGAUACCACGGCCGAAAUCUCCAUAACGCAGCAUUUGAGGGUGGAGGUGUCCAAUGACACUGCCUUACCCACCAUCCAGUACCGAGCUCAGAGCGCUGAAGAAGAUAGUAUAGUCUUUGGGAAGGUAAUUGCGAUUGUGGAGGGAAUACUACCUCACGUACAAGUGGCGUCGGCGCUCAUAGCGUCCAGCGCCGUUGUCUUCAUCAUCCACGAACGGACGUCGGCAAGCAAGGCGAUGCAGCUAAUGACCGGUGUAUCAAGCUUCGUUUUUUGGUCAUCUAGUCUCGUCUUCGAUGCCAUGGUCGCUAUGACAACGUGGGCUGCUAUAGGGAUCAUCUAUGCUCUAAACUUUGGUCUUCUUCCGCUAAGUGCAGCUGCCCUGGUCAUCUUGACAUUGGUCUUCGUGGCAGCGAGUAUGAGCAUCGUUUAUGCAUUAUCGCAUAUCGUCGACCAGCAGUACACUGCGUAUGCCGGUACUUUCGUUUUCUUCUACAUCUCAGGACAUGUGGUAGCCGCUAUGCCGGAAGGUCUCGUACGUUCCUUCAUGUUGGUGUUUCCUGGAGCUGCGUUGCGCGAAGGCUUUCGAAAGAUAUUGGUUCUUGACGUGCAGAACAGAGAAUGCCUUACGCGAAGCUCCGGUCCAGUAUGGUGGUGUCCUGCCGAUAGCAAGCUGGUGGACACGUACCAGGCCUUAGCCUACUGCUGCGAGCACGAGAACACCACAUCAGACAGCCUCCAUUUGACCAGCCCGUUCAGCUUCGCAACCGAUCUCAGUAUAAUUAUGGAGAUUAUCUUCAUGGCAAUCGAGGCCAUAUGCCUGUUUACGUGGAUUUGCAUCUUGGACAGCGCCUGGAACUACGUCCCAAGUGCUCCGCCAAACGUAACACUUCCGGAGUCCAAUGUGGAAGCUGAAAGGCAACUGGUCCACGGUCUCGUGGAGAAGAACAACUUUUCGGGUUAUAGCCUUGUGGUUCACGGUCUUUACAAGUCUUACAUGCCUUCUGUGCCAAAUAGUUCAUCGGGACUGUUGGCUGUCCGAGGGCUCAGCUUCACAGUGAAACCCGGUGAGUGCUUCGGGCUGCUGGGACAGAACGGAGCAGGAAAAUCGACGACGUUUCGUAUACUAACUGGAACGCUGAAGCCCACCAGCGGAGAAGCCUAUGCUGGAACCCUGGUUAUGAGCCAGAAUGUUAGACAGUGGCAGUCCCGCAUCGGCUACUGUGUCCAGGCAGAGGGUUUGCUGGACAUGAUGACAGCCACAGAGAUUCUUUAUUUAUUCGCCCGUCUACGGGGUGUCCCUGAGACCAACGUUGCAAGCAGCGUCCAAGCGGUCAUCAGCCUGGUCGACCUAGAGAUGUGUUCAGAUGUCAUAUCCAGAUCACUGAGCGGGGGCAAUAAGCGGAAGCUGUGUACCGCAAUUGCCCUGGUGGGAGUACCUCACCUGAUGUUGUUGGACGAACCGACCAGUGGAUUGGACUUGUUCACGCAGAGAAGAAUUUUAGCCGCCGUGAAGGCUCUCAGGGAAUCCUCGGGGAUCUCCAUCCUCCUCACAUCACAAGAUAUGGACGAGUGCGAGGCCAUCUGCGACCGCAUUGCUAUCAUGCAAGACGGGCAUCUGCGUUGCUUGGGGACGUUGAUAGAGCUGAAGGCGACGUACGGCCGUACCUACAUGCUCAUGAUUCCCGCACCAACAUUCGGCGAUGACACCCGCAUCGAUGGGGCCGUUUUCGCCAUUUUUCAGAAAGAUGUCCUCCUCAAAGAAUUCCGCAAGGGUCGCCUUAUCUAUCAUCUGAGCGGCAGGAUGGCACUCAGCAGGCUUUUCAUGAGGGUCAACUACCUUCAAAAACACUACAAUAUCAACAACAUGCAUGUGUCUUCGAAGUCACUGGAAGAUAUCUUCAUCGAAGUAACAAGAAAGCAAUGAGACUCGGCGAAUGCAUUUUUAUUUGUUACCCUUUUGAUGUGUGUGCUCACAGAAAAUAUUUCCAGCAACAGAAAAUACAUACAGCAACGUAUUCUGGACAAACCGAAAGUACGUGCACAAACUCAAACUAUGCCAAUAAAGUAACGCUUAACACCGUG